GUGGACACUGCGUGGGGGAGAAGCAGUUGCUUUGGACGUGAUGACCGUGGUCACCAGUGCGCUGCAAAUCCGCCAGCGCGACAGCUGAUCCGAGCGGAAUCACCUCGGAUCACCCAGCGGCAGCAGCGGCCUCCAUUUUAACUUCGACACCGAGCCAUACCUCACGUGUCCUGGGCUGUCUCUCUCACAUGACCCGAGUGUUUGUUCCCGUGAUCAGCACUUCCAUCUCCGUCUGUGACACCGAAUAUCACUUUUUAUUGUAACCCUGAUGGAUAUGCUUGAACAGAGUCUGGACACCGCAAGCCAAGAAAAGCAAGAAGAGGAAGUUGUCCAGGCAUCUGAAGACGGAACAGGAGAAGAGCAGACAGCUGUGACAAUAGCCAGUGUUCAGCAGGCUGCAGCGUUUGGCGACCAUAAUAUACAAUAUCAGUUCCGCACUGAGGGUGGCCAGGUGACGUACCGCGUUGUUCAGGUGACUGACCAGCACCUUGAGGGAAGAGAUGAUGGGGGUGGAGCAGUGAGCGUCGUCUCAACAGCCGCCUUCACUGGGGCUCCUCAGGCCGUUGCUCAGGCUGUGAUCCAAAACCCUUUCAGUAAUGGAGGCAGCCCAGCAGGAGAGACGGUUGGAGGGGAGACGCGCUUUGCUUACUUCCCAGCAACUGCGGUGAGCGAUGGGACUGUGUCUGUGCAGGCCGCCACGGACCCCACACUCACGCAGGCAGGGGCCACAGGUCAGUUUUACGUGAUGAUGACCCCACCUGACGUCAUUCAGACAGGCACGCAACGAACCAUCGCCCCACGUACACAGCCUUACCCUGCAGAUGAAAACGAGCUGCUGCAACAUGAAGGUUUAAACUGGAAAAUGGAUGGACCGCGAACGCCAAGAGAUGAAAGGAGAAGAGCGCAACAUAAUGAAGUUGAGAGGCGGCGAAGAGACAAGAUCAACAACUGGAUUGUCACCCUUUCCAAGAUCAUCCCAGACUGCAGUAUGGACAGCACCAAGACUGGAGCGAGCAAAGGAGGCAUCCUGUCCAAAGCUUGUGACUACAUCCGUGAGCUGAGGCAAAGCAACCAGCGACUGCAGGAGAGUCUGAAGGAAGUGGAGAGGAUACAAGUGGACAAUGAGUUGUGCAGGCAGCAGAUUGAAGAGCUGAAGAAUGAGAAUGCUUUGCUCCGAGCGCAACUCCAGCAGCAUGGCAUCGAGAUGGUUGGAGAGACACCACCGCAGUGAAGGCGAGAUGAAAAGAAUAGGGACGAGCAACACCACUCAGACAGAUAGCCAACACAGUGGAAAAGGGGGCGAAAUGAUGAGGAAAACAAGGACCUGUGAAGAAUCACUUUCUUUUUAGUGAAUGCAUCCUUCCCUGGGUUCCCAGGUUGCAAACCCUUCACUGGCCAAUUGUGGCUGUACUUGACUGUUCCAAUCAUAUUGAGAUAACCACCCGUUUCAACUCAGUAGAAAAUGUGCUCCGAGAAACAAUGCCCACUCAAAACCAUCAGAGUGCUUUACUAGCACUAGCUAUGACAGAGAACCUCUGCUGAACUCCUCCCUUUUUUGUAUUUAUGUAGCCUCACUCAUGGACUUUGAUGUUGGUCAUUUAAUUUGUGUACCCCUCCUAUUAUUAAUUUUGACUUAGUUCACUCUUUUAUUCUGUUUGUGUUUUUGAGUUGUGUAUUAAUAUGUUGUUUUUAGCUGCUUUAAUUUAUUAGUCCGCUUGCUGACGGAAGCCUUGAUGGAGACCAGUUACACUGAAGCUCAUGCACCCCAGAGAAGCACUCUGAAUUUUAAGAGAAAAAACAUCAAAGUAUGCAAAACAUUAUGAUUCUGCAGACGGAAAUAAUGUGACACACAUAGCUUACCUAGACCCAAAGACAAACAAGGAGCUGUGCUGGCCUUUGCUUUUGGGCUAAUUUAUGUAAAUAUGACCUCUCAUGUUUUAAUACAGAUGUUAAGGAAUGCUAGAGAAAAUGAUCUCUGGGAGUAAACAAUCAAUAACUCAUUAACUUCAAGCUGGCCCAUUGUCAUAGUAAUUAUCAUGAAGUGUGUACAAUCUUGAAGCUUGAUUUGGAAGAAAUAAGUGGUAUACUUGAAUUGUUGGGGGCAUUUGCUUAACCGGAAAAAUAACUCAAAAAGUCGACAAAACCCCCUGUAAAGAUCCAACUGGUUAAAUUCUUUUCAAUUACAAAUGGACAUGUACAAUUGCGGAUCAUGCAGACGAUUGACAAACCCAGUGGCCUGGAUUGUGGACUGGAGAGGAGUGCAGGGCAAAUUCCAAUUUAUGGCAAACUAUAUAUAGGCACUGUGGCUUUUAUUUUCAUCUUUUGUUCAUGUGUGAUUUACUGGUGUCUCAGAACGUGUAAGAAUAAUCCCCACAAUUCAUUUCAAGCUGUUUGCUCUAUUUUGGUAUUGCAACACUUCAGAUGGAGCUCAACGCACAAGGGGGGAGAGGCACCCUGGAGAGCGGUACUCAAAGACUCUCUGCUCACUAUGGAAAAGGAGUAUACAGAAAUUCUGUUUUGCACUUCUUAGUUGAGCACAACUCGGUAUCCAUGAAAAGAUGGAAUAGUUGGAAAGUGAGAAACUUAGAAGUGAUCUCACAUAUUUCUCCACCCACUCAGGCAAACAAUAAGUAAACUGUAAUUGGCUGUUCCAUCAGCAGAAGCCAAUAUUUACAUUGUUGAUGAUUUUGUGAAUGAAUAUACAUGAUGUAUUUUUGUUCGGCUUUGGGCGAUGUGAGUGAAAUUGGAAGAGAGAUAUAAAGCUUCACAGCCACUUAUUAGAGCACUAUUGCUUCUCCCUGUAUAAACAGCUCAGGUUGCAGCAAAGCAAAACCAACGCUCAGACCCCUGGCAAAAUCAGGCAGACUUAUCACAUUUUAAUAUCUCUUACCUCUGACUCUGUAAGUUAACAGCUUGUGCUUUGGAAGUGCUGUUCUGCUACUACUGCAAGAUUAAAACCUGAUACGGAUAGUGCAAGUGUCUGAUCUAUCAAACAAGGCUCCUAGCCAAAGUUGAAUGAUAGAUGUUUUGCAGUAGAAUUUUUUUUUUUUUUUUUUUUUUUUUUUUUUUUUAAAACACCUCAGUGAGAGGAAAGCAGAGAAUGUGAAGACAUGAAUAAUGCUUCGGAAGACAGAUGUUCACAAAUGAAAGGUCAUUCGUGGCUAACUCUUUUUUUUUUUUUUUUUUUCUCUCGUUUCUUUUUUUGAAAUGGCAUAAGACUGAAAAAAGAGUCCCUUUUCUCUCUGUAGCAGCCUCACUGUUCUCAGGUUAGAUCGUAAGACAUUUUUUCUAAGUAAAAUGGUGGAAAAUAAAACUUUCACUAGCUAAUAACCUUGAUGGAUUUUGGUUGUGGCUCAUUGUCCUUCCCCAGGUCCCGGUCAUCAGGUCUGGUUGGUUUUCUGUCCCUCACAUUUGUCCAUCUGUCAGAACGAUAUGUCAAAAACUUGGGCUUCACAUUACAUUUUGUGUCACAACUGCUGAGCUCCGGUGUGAAAAAAAACAUGUCUUGGUUGUAGACAACUUGUUCACUAGGCCACACCCUAAACAUGUUGUCUGCUGUUUCGAAC